UUGUCAACCUGUCAUCCCAAAAAAUGAAAAUUAUUUUUUGCAAGUGUCAAGUUAUCUGGAAGUUAUUUUUAUAUUGACAUUUUAUAAAAUAUACUUCGUAAUAUAUUACUACUGUUAUUUUCUUCUGAGUUCCGUUUACCAAAUAAAUACAAGAAUAUUUAAAAAAUGGAGGAAGCAGCGGAUUGUUUGGAUGCAAAGUCAAAACUACCUGUAAGAUAUGAUUGGUAUCAAACGGAAUCUGCAGUUGUAAUCACUGUAUUAGUAAAAAAUAUAAAAGAGGAAUACCUUCAACUAAAUAUAACCAAAAAUCAAGUAAAAAUACAAAUAUCUCAUCCUGAAUUUGAAGUUUGCGAUCUUUGUUUAAAUUUAUCCAACUCUGUAAUAGCUGAACAAUCCGGCUAUAAGCUUACCCCAUCUAAGAUCGAGAUCAAACUUAAAAAAACAGAAGGUCUUAGAUGGGAAAAAUUAGAAGGUCCUCCUUUGGAUCCAGAAGUUAAAGCCAUACCUAAAGAUCCUGAGCCCAUUACAGAUGGGCCACCUGCUUAUCCCACCUCAAAAAAGGGCAAGGAUUGGAACAAAGUAGAAAAAGAAAUCACGGAGCAAGAAGCGAAAGAAAAACCAGAAGGAGAUGAAGCUAUAAAUACACUUUUCCAGGAAAUAUAUGGUAAAGGAAAUGACGAAGUUAAACGAGCUAUGAAUAAGAGUUUUAUGGAAAGUAGUGGCACAGUUUUAAGCACAAACUGGAACGAAAUAUCUAAGCAAAAAGUUGAUGUAAAACCACCAGAUGGAAUGGAAUGGAAAAGAUGGGAAUAG